AUGCCUCGACGUGCAGCUUCGCCGGCAGCCUCAGAGCCCGAGCUCGAUAUCCUCGACUCAUUAUACCCCGGAGAAGAUGCCGACAGCAACCAGAAUUUCCCUGCAGACAGGGACGUCGACCUUGACGAUAUUUUGAACGACCCUGAGGGAGCUGAAGACGGCGGCGAUGAGGCCUUCAUUGCUCUUCAGCAAGCGGCCUCUUACCGCAAGGCUUCGAAUCUCAAAGGCAGAACAGUCAAGAAAGGAGGUGGCUUUCAAGCCAUGGGCCUAAACUCAAAUCUGUUAAAGGCAAUUGCCCGAAAAGGAUUCUCGGUUCCUACGCCUAUUCAAAGAAAAACAAUUCCUCUUGUACUUGACCGAAAAGAUGUAGUCGGCAUGGCGAGAACUGGUUCUGGAAAGACGGGUGCUUUCGUUAUUCCCAUGAUUGAGAAACUUCGCGCUCACAGUGGACGCUUCGGAAGCAGAGCUCUCAUUUUGUCUCCAUCACGAGAACUGGCUAUACAAACACUCAAGGUUGUCAAGGAAUUUGCGAGGGGCACCGACCUAAAGGCUAUUUUACUAGUAGGUGGUGAUAGCUUGGAAGAGCAAUUCGGCUAUAUGGCAGCAAACCCUGAUAUCGUUAUUGCUACUCCUGGUCGAUUCUUGCACUUGAAGGUUGAGAUGUCGUUGGACCUCUCGUCAAUAAAGUACAUUGUUUUCGACGAAGCUGAUCGACUGUUUGAAAUGGGUUUCGCAACCCAGCUUACGGAAAUUCUGCACGCUUUGCCGCCAUCCCGACAAACGCUGCUGUUCUCUGCUACCCUCCCCGCUUCAUUAGUCGAGUUUGCCAGAGCCGGUCUACAGGAUCCUAGCCUGGUACGACUAGACGCAGAGACAAAGGUCUCGCCUGAUUUGGAGAGCGCAUUCUUCUCUGUCAAAGGUGCAGAGAAAGAGGGCGCUUUGCUACAUAUUCUUCACGAUGUCAUCAAAAUGCCCAUGGGCACUCCCGAGAUCGCAAAGCAGGACAGCGAGAAAGCGUCAAAGAAGCGGAAGCGAGGUGAGAGUGGCAGUGGCAAGCCUACGGAACACUCAACCAUUAUCUUUACUGCCACAAAACAUCACGUCGAAUACCUUGCGAAUGUUCUUCAGCGGGCUGGAUUCGCCGUCUCACAUGUAUAUGGUUCACUCGACCAAACUGCCCGGAGAAACCAGGUUGAAGACUUCCGAAGAGGCAGGACGAACAUUCUUGUUGUCACUGAUGUGGCAGCCAGAGGUAUCGAUAUUCCUGUCCUAGCCAACGUCAUCAAUUACGACUUCCCAUCGCAGCCGAAAAUCUUUGUCCACAGAGUUGGUCGAACAGCCCGUGCUGGCCAAAGAGGUUGGAGUUACAGUUUAGUCAGAGAUUCAGACGCCCCGUACCUUCUGGACCUGCAGCUGUUCUUGGGCAGAAGGCUGGUUCUCGGUCAAGAGGGCGAAGAGCCUUCCUUUGCAUCUGACGUGGUUUUGGGUUCCUUGAAACGAGACCUAGUGGAAUCAAACGUUGAAUGGAUGAACAAGCUUCUCCAUGAGGAUGUGGACGUUAGUACGCUGCGGGGUGUCGCCGCCAAAGCUGAAAAGCUAUACCUCAAAACACGAAACUCAGCCUCUAGUCAAAGUGCCAAGCGUUCGAGAGAAAUGGUAUCAUCAACCGGAUGGAAUCAGCUUCACAGACUGUUCGGCGACGACGUUGACAACAUGGAACAAGCCCGCGCAGACAUGCUCGCCCGCAUCAGCAGCUUCAAACCCCAGGAAACAAUUUUCGAAAUCAGCCACACUGACAAAUCGCACUCGGAAGCAGCAGAAGUCAUGAAACAGCUUCGAAAGAAGAUCACUCCCAGAAACAGACAAGCUCAAAAGCAAGAAAGCGACAUUGAAGAUGACGACAUCCCCACCAAAUCCAACGACAACAAAGUGGACAUGGACUCCGAUCAAGAAGCCUCCGACAAUGGAUCACAAGGAGCAGACCAAACCAACGGCUGGGACGAAGACGAACUAGAAGUCACCGUCUCCAACACAGACUCUAAAAGGGGCAAGACAGACUGGCGCGACUCCGAAGUUUUCAUGAGUUACACCCCACGCACUCACAACGCUGUCGAAGAGCGCGGUUACGGCGUCCACUCGGGCGGUUUCGUCGAAGCAGCCCGCGACGCAGCGAUGGACCUGACCAAUGACGAGACGGCCAAGUCCUUUGGACAGCCGUCACGCUCCAAGAUGCGCUGGGACACCAAAUCCAAGAAGUACGUGUCGCGUGACAACGACGAGGACGGGUCCAAGGGCAGCAAGAUGAUUACGGGGGAGUCGGGCGUCAAGAUUGCCGCCACCUUCCAAUCGGGACGGUACGAUAGGUGGAAGAAGGCGCAAAGAAUACGGUCCCUGCCGAGGGUGGGAGAAGCCGAGAAGCCAGGUACCACGCAGGGAUUGCCGAGCGGCGUGCGGUAUAAGCAUAAGCUGGACAAGGCGCCCAAGGAGGCAGACAAGUACAGGGAUGACUUUAUGGUGCGAAAGAAGAGAGUGGACGAGGCUAGAGAAAAGAGACAGGGUAGAUUUAGGGAUGGAAUGGGCAGUAAGAAGGAACUCAAGGGGGCAAAUGAUAUUCGCAAGGAGAGACAGGAGAAGGAGCGGAAGAGGGCCAAGAAUGCUAGACCGUCCAAGAAGAGGUAG